AUGACCUCCCGCGAUGGCUUUCAAUGGACUCCUCAGAAUGGACUGAAACAAGGUGUCCCAUCUAUUGGUGUCAUAUCCCCAUCGACAAAAAUCACCUCAGACACACCAUGGGAUGUCAUUGUCAUCGGAGGUGGAUAUUCUGGUCUCACAGCCACUCGAGACAUGUGCGUAGCAGGAUUGAAAGUUCUCCUUGUCGAAGCCCGCGAUCGCAUUGGUGGGAGAUCUUGGUCGUCUAAUAUCGAAGGUCACCCCUUCGAGAUGGGAGGUACUUGGGUCCAUUGGCACCAGGCGAAUGUCUGGCGGGAGAUCUCUAGGUACCAGAUGGGAGAGGAGCUGGAGCCUUCUUUCGAUUUCUCCCGUGGAGUCAACUAUUUCGAAUUGCGCACCGACAAACAUGCUACAACCAUGAGUCACGAGGAAGAGGAUACGCUACUUGCCACGGCGUUGGAAAAAUUUGUGAACGUCGAUGGUGACAUGGGUCGUAUACUUGUCCCCUUUCCUUAUGCCGGUUUCCACAACCCUGAUGCACGCAAAUACGACAAGAUGUCAGUUUUAGAUCGUCUGAACGUCAUUUCUCAGUCUCUCACUCCAAAUGAACGAAUCGGACUGGAAAGCUUUAUUCUGCUCUGCAGCUGUGGCACCCUCGAAACAACCAGCUUUUUCGAGUUUCUACAUUGGUGGGCUUUGUGUGGCUACACCUACCGCGGAUGCAUGGACUGCCUCAUCUCAUUCAAGUUCAAGCAAGGCCAAUCCUCAUUUGCCAUAAAGUUCUUCAACGAAGCACUAUCGACAGGAAAUCUAUCCUAUGCAUUUAACAGUCCUGUUAAGUCGAUUCAGAAUGAGGACAAGAAAGUCACCGUAACAACUCGCGAUGGUCGCAGUUUUACAGCAUCGCGCUUGGUUUCCACCAUUCCGCUCAACGUGCUUAACGACAUCACUUUCAAUCCUCCCCUUGACCCUAUCCGCACGCAGGCAACUAAGAUUGGUCAUGUCAACCAGUGUGUCAAGGUUCAUGCUGAGAUAUCGAAUAAGGAUAUGCGUUCUUGGACUGGAAUUUCUUAUCCGUUCAACAAACUCACGUACGCGAUCGGAGAUGGGACCACGCCAGCUGGAAAUACGCACAUUGUAUGCUUUGGAGGACAGCACAAUCACAUCCACCCCGAGGAAGAUGUCAAUGCAACCAAAGCGGCCGUGACAAGCAUGGCCCCUGGAAACAUGGAUAUUCAGCGCCUGGUGAGUUCCCCUGGCCUUCCUCUAUUCGAGGAAAUAGCUAAUAAAUUGAAGGUCUUCCAUAAUUGGUCCAAGGACGAAUUUGCCAAGGGAGCAUGGUUUUUCUCCUCUCCAGGAUUCAUCUCCAGCUCGCUCGAUGCGCUUCGUCAACGACAUGGAAACAUACUUUUUGCUAACUCCGACUGGGCAAUUGGAUGGCGCAGCUUCAUUGAUGGGGCUAUCGAGGAGGGUACCCGGGCAGCUCUUACGGUGAAGGAGGAGCUUCGAUCUACUCCACUCCGAUCCCACCUGUAG